GCGCACAGACCCAAGGACGGACGGGGGUCCUGGCCUGGAUCCCCCCCAGGGCCAGGAUGUCGUUCUCCGAGUCAGACUCCUGCUCUGAGCACGAUCUGGAGGGCGAGCAGAGCUGGUCGGUCCUGGAGCAGCUGGCGCUCGAUCCCAGCCCCGACCUGGCGGCCAGCAGCGUCCAGCAGCGCCUGGACGAGGAGAAGGACCGGAUCCGGCGCGAGAUCCGCAAGGAGCUGAAGAUCAAGGAGGGGGCGGAGAACCUGCGCCGGGCCACCACCGACCGCCGUAACCUGGCCAGCGUGGAGAGCCUGCUGCGCGGCUCCGACCGCAAACUGCACCAGCUGCACUGCCGGCUGCAGCACCUGGACGCCCACAUCAUGGUCAAGGAGCCUGAGGAGAGCGGAGAUGCCCCCCAGUCGCCCAACAGCCUGAGCCGCUCGGCCGCCAACAAGCACCGCCUGGCCGGGCUGGAGAAGCAGCUGAACAUUGAGCUGAAGGUGAAGCAGGGAGCAGAGAACAUGAUCCAGAUGUACGCCAAUGGCUCCACCAAGGACCGGAAGCUGCUGCAGACAGCCCAGCAGAUGUUGCAAGAUAGCAAGACCAAGAUCAACAUCAUCCGCAUGCAGAUCCGCAGAGCCGCGCAGGCCGACGCGAUGCCGCCCGACGGCGAGGAUGGGCAAGGGAACCUGGACCUGACCUGCACGGAGCUGCGCAUCGAGGAGCUGCGCCACCAUUUCCGCGUGGAGCACGCUGUGUCCGAGGGGGCCAAGAACGUGCAGCGGCUGCUGGGCUCUGCCCGGACGCCGGACCGCAAGGCCAUGGCUGAGGCCCAGGCGAAGCUGACCGAGUCGAGCCAGAAGCUGGACCUGCUGCGCCUGGCGCUGGAGCGGCGUGUGGGGGAGCUGCCCGAGGAGCACCCCAAGGGCUGCAUCGUCAAGGAGGAGCUGAUCAUGGCCUCCUCGUCCGCCUUCAGCGCCCGCAACAGCACCCCCUACCAGCACAACCAGUACAGCACGCUCUGCAAGCCCUCGCCCCUCACAGGGAUGCUGGAGGUGCAGCUGCUGGGCUGCAGCGGGCUGCUGGAGUCGGUGCCUGGCCGGACCCGUGGUGCUACGGUCUCGCUGCCCUGCAACAACCCCGGCGAGGUGCGCCCCUACUUCAUGAACCGCAGCGGGCGGGGGCUCUACAGCCGCAGCGGCAGCCUGAGCGGCCGGACCGUCCUCAAAUCCGAUGACUUCAGCAAUGAGGUGAGCGCCGUGCUGAAGCUGGAUAACACUGUGGUGGGGCAGACGGCCUGGAAGCCUGUGGGCCAGCAGGCCUGGAACCAGACCUUCGCCCUGGAGCUGGAGAGGGCGCGGGAGCUGGAGAUCUCAGUGUACUGGCGGGAUUACCGCAGCCUUUGUGCCUUGAAGCAUCUCAAGCUGGAAGAUUUCCUGGAUAACCAACGCCAUGAGAUCCACCUGGACCUGGAGCCCCAGGGCACCCUGCUGGCUGAGGUGACCUUCUUCGACCCUGUCAUUGAGCGCAUCCCCAAGCUCCAGAGGCAGAAGAAGAUUUUCUCCAAGCAGCAAGGCAAGGCCUUCCUGCGCGCCCGCCAGAUGAACAUUGACAUCGCCACGUGGGUGCGGCUGCUACGAGGCCUCCUGCCCACCACCAGCUCCACCGGUGCCUACAGCCCCUCGGCCCACAUGCCCGCCGGGCCCGGCUCCGAGGGCCACCACAGCCUGGCCAGAGACUUCUCCAUCGAGAAACUGACCCUGGACAUUGAUAAGCCGCAGCAGGAGCAGCCAGGCCAGCCGGCCGAAGGUGGGGAGCGACCGGAGAGGGGCGCACUGAGCCCGCAAGCAGGAGACAAGGAGCCGGUGCCUGGAGGAGACACCCAAAGGCCUGGGAAUAGCACCCUGCACAGGACGACGCCCUUGACGCUGGAUGACUUCAGGUUCCUGGCCGUGCUGGGACGCGGGCACUUCGGCAAAGUGCUGCUCUCUGAAUACAGCCGCACAGGGGAGCUCUAUGCCAUCAAAGCCUUGAAGAAGGGCGACAUUGUGGCACGGGACGAGGUGGAGAGCCUGAUGUGCGAGAAGCGGAUCUUCGAGACGGUGAAUAGCUCGCGGCACCCGUUCCUGGUGAACCUCUUCGCCUGCUUCCAGACGCCCGAGCACGUCUGCUUCGUCAUGGAGUACACAGCCGGCGGCGACCUCAUGAUGCACAUCCACACCGACGUCUUCACCGAGCCACGGGCCACGUUUUACGCUGCGUGCGUCGUCCUUGGCUUGCAGUUUCUUCACGAGCACAAAAUUGUGUACAGGGACCUGAAGCUGGAUAAUUUAUUACUGGACAAGGAGGGUUUUGUGAAGAUCGCAGACUUUGGCCUGUGCAAGGAAGGGAUGGGCUAUGGCGACCGCACCAGCACGUUCUGCGGGACCCCUGAGUUCCUGGCGCCCGAGGUGCUGACAGACACAUCCUACACCCGCGCCGUGGACUGGUGGGGGCUGGGCGUCUUGGUUUAUGAGAUGCUGGUGGGGGAGUCCCCAUUCCCAGGUGACGACGAGGAGGAGGUGUUUGACAGCAUCGUGAAUGAUGAGGUGCGGUACCCCCGCUUCCUGUCCACCGAAGCAAUCGGCGUCAUGCGCCGGCUCCUGCGCAGGAACCCGGACCGGCGCCUGGGCUCCAGCGAGCGGGACGCCGAGGACGUCAAGAAGCAGCCGUUCUUCAGGUUCAUUGACUGGGAGGCCCUGCUGGCCCGGCGGCUCCCUCCCCCCUUCGUCCCCGUCAUCAAGGGGCGUGAGGACAUCAGCAACUUCGACGAGGAGUUCACGGCCGAGGCACCCGCACUGACGCCGCGCGAGCCGCGCCCGCUCACCGCCGCCGAGCAGGAGGCCUUCCGCCACUUCGACUACCUCGCGGACACCUGCUAGCCCAGGGGAGAGCUGGGCCGCGGGAACGGACGGAGGGUUUCUCACCAGCACCCCCUCGGGCUCUGAAGGACUCUGCGGAGGAAGCCUGCCCCCACCUGUGUGAAGGACUCACUGGGGCGGGGAGUCGGCCC